UUUGCGGACGUGUUCUCCAAAAAAGUUGCAGAGGUACUACCUCCCCAUCGCCCCUAUGACUGUGCCAUUGAUUUGUUGCCAAAUGCUAAGCUUCCCAAGAGCAGGUUGUACUCCCUGUCACGUCCUGAGACUCAGGCUAUGGCAGAGUACAUUCAGGAGAACUUGGCUAAGGGAUUUAUCAGACCUUCACAGUCUCCAGUUGGGUCGGGGUUCUUCUUCGUGGGUAAAAAGGACGGUUCAUUGCGACCCUGCAUCGACUUCAGGGAAUUGAACCGUAUCACGAUUAAAAACUCAUACCCACUGCCUCUCAUUUCGGUCUUGUUUGACCAGCUUCGUACUGCCACCAUUUUUUCAAAGAUUGACCUACGCGGGGCGUACAAUCUAAUCCGAAUAAGAGAGGGGGAUGAAUGGAAGACUGCCUUUAAUACCCACUCAGGGCAUUAUGAAUAUUUGGUGAUGCCUUUUGGGCUCUGUAAUGCCCCGGCAGUCUUCCAGGAUUUCAUGAACGAUGUACUCAGGGAAUAUUUGGAUAGAUUCUUAGUUGUAUACUUAGAUGACAUCCUAAUCUUCUCCCAUUCCCUGGAGGAACAUCAGAAGCAUGUACGCUUAGUCCUCCAGAAACUCAGAGACCACCGGCUUGGGGCGAAGCUGGAGAAGUGCGAAUUUGAAGUUCAGCAAAUCGCAUUUCUAGGAUAUAUUAUCUCCCCAGAAGGUUUCCAAAUGGAGGGUUCCAAGGUACAGGCAGUCCUGGAUUGGGUGCAGCCCACUAGUUUGAAGGCGCUUCAGCGUUUCCUGGGCUUUGCGAAUUUUUAUAGACGAUUUAUCGCUGGAUUUUCAUCUAUAGUGGCGCCCUUGGUGGCACUCACUAAGAAAGGGGCGGAUGUUGCUCACUGGUCUUGUGAGGCUAAAGCGGCUUUUGCCCAUCUCAAAAGGGCAUUUGUAUCGGCCAAGGUGCUACGACACCCAGAUCCAGAGCGUCCUUUUGUGGUGGAGGUGGAUGCCUCUGAGAUGGGUAUUGGGGCAGUGCUCUCUCAGAUGGGAGUGUCUGAUAAUCGCCUUCAUCCCUGUGCUUACUUUUCCCGUAAAUUUUCGCCUGCCGAGAUGAAUUAUGACGUGGGUAACCGGGAAUUGUUGGCUAUUAAGGAUGCACUCGAGGAGUGGAGACACUGGCUUGAGGGGGCUAAGUUUGUGGUCUCAAUUCUCACCGACCAUAAGAAUCUGGCAUAUUUAGAGUCAGCGAAGCAUCUCAAUGCCAGGCAGGCACGAUGGGCUUUGUUUUUUGCUCGCUUUAAUUUUUUGAUAACAUAUCGCCCUGGGUCAAAAAACAUCAAGGCUGAUGCGCUCUUCCUGGAAUUCCAUGCCAAGAAGUCGGCAGGUCACCCGGGUAUUGCCAGAACUCGGGAGUUGCUAUCUAGGGCGGUGUGGUGGCCCUCUGUGGCUAAGGAUGUGGAUCAGUGGGUUCGGGCAUGUGACAUCUGUGCCCGAAAUAAGACUCCUAGAGGGGUUCCUGUUGGCCCAUUACAUCCACUCUCUAUCCCAUCUAAGCCAUGGACCCACAUUUCAAUGGAUUUUGUGGUGGACUUGCCCAAAUCCUCGGGGAUGACAGCCAUCUGGGUUGUCGUUGACAGGUUUUCGAAGAUGGCGCACUUCGUUCCACUGGUUGGGCUGCCAUCGGCCAGACGCCUGUCUGAAUUAUUUAUGCUGCAUGUUGUGCGUCUCCACGGGUUGCCACUUGAUGUGGUCUCUGACCGCGGAUCCCAGUUUGUGGCCAAAUUCUGGAGGGCAUUUUGUUCCGAUCUCCAGAUUUCUGUCAGCUUGUCGUCAGGCUACCAUCCGCAGUCUAAUGGGCAGACUGAAAGGGUGAACCAGUCUUUGGAGCAGUUCCUCAGGUGUUAUGUCUCCAAGUGUCAGACUGACUGGGUUGCUCAUCUGUCCAUGGCGGAGUGUGCCUAUAACAACGCGGCUCACUCUGCUACAGGGAUCUCUCCCUUCCUUUGUGUGUAUGGGCAUCAUCCAAACUGUAGCCAAAAAGAGGAUCAAGACUCACAACUGAAACUUUAUGCCGAACGUUUCAAAGAAAGGGAAUAUCCAGAGGAUGUUAUUGAAAAAGCCCUUGUGAAAACCAGGAUUACACAUAAGCCUCCACGAAAGAUAGAAGCAGAAGGAGUAGAGAGAAGUAUCACGGUUCCAUUCAUCACUACAUAUAACUGUCAUGAAAAAAUCAUCCGUCAAUCCCUGAAUAAACACUGGAAUAUCCUAAUGAUGGACCCAGUCUUAAGAAAAGUCUUGCCUCCAAAACCCCAAGUUGUCUUUAGGAAAACAAGUAGUCUUAAAGAGAUUCUGGCACCCAGUCUUUUGAAAUCUACCACAUCAAUACAAAGCAAGCCGUGCCAAGGCUGUUAUAAAUGUGGUAGUUGCAAUAUCUGCAAAUUGGUGCACCGCAAUCGGAAGAAGUUUUCCAAUAAUGACAACUCUCGCGAAUACACCAUUAAACAUUUCAUAAACUGCAACUCUUUAAUGGUGAUUUAUCUUUUGGAAUGUCCGUGCGGACUGAAGUACGUUGGAAAAACGAAGAGAGUCCUUAAACUGCGCAUACAGGAACAUGCAAGGAACAUUAAAAACAAAAUCACCACACAUGCAAUUUAUAGACAUUUUCAUGAAUUUCAUCACUCCAACCCUGAAGACAUGACCUUCAAAGGCAUUGAAAUUGUCAAUCUUGGCGAAAGGGGUGGAGACAUUCUAAAUAAACUAUCCAAAAGAGAAAUGUUCUGGAUUUUUGAAUUAAAGACAAUGGCUCCCCUUGGAUUUAAUGAGGGGUUUGAGAUCGCACCCUUUUUAUAG